AUGGUGGAAGUAGUUGUGAUAUUCUGCGAAUCGGUGUCCCUCCCCCUGGCCAUUUAUAGAUAGCUAGCUUCUAACGUUAUUAGCUAGAUGAAUUACGCACUGUGAGGGGUUUUACAAUAAAUACAUGUCGUACAUGUCGCUUUCUUAUAAUGUCUCAUAGCUCCCAGGGUGUGUGAGAGAGAGGAGGGAGUGGAAGGGGGCGCGACUGCUACAGUUUAAGAAGAGCGAGAAAGGUGUUCUGCCUUCACACCCCCCCCAGAGGAGAAGAGUAGCAUAGUCCUUCUCAGAGACCUGUAUUGCUGUGAUGUCAGAGGGAGACGGUAAACCCCUCCAGGUUCCGGAAGCCAAGGCAGAGACGGUGACCCCAAGUGGCCAGGGACCUGUGCCUGUGUGUCCCCCUGUAACGGGCCCCCCCGCCACCACCCCCACAGAGGAUGAGGAGGAGGAGAGUGAAGACGAGUCGGAGAUCCUGGAGGAGAGCCCCUGCGGCCGCUGGCAGAAACGCAGAGAGGAGGUGAACCAGCGGAAUGUCCCAGGGAUAGAUGCUGCCUACCUGGCCAUGGACACGGAGGAAGGGGUGGAGGUGGUCUGGAACGAGGUCAUGUUCUCAGAGAGGAAGAACUUCAAGCUGCAGGAGGAGAAGGUGAAGUCUGUGUUUGACAACCUGAUUCAGCUGGAACAUCUCAACAUUGUCAAGUUCCACAAGUACUGGGCUGACAUCAAUGACAUCAACCGUGCCAGGGUUAUUUUCAUCACUGAGUACAUGUCCUCGGGGAGUCUGAAGCAGUUUCUGAAGAAGACCAAGAAGAACCACAAGACUAUGAAUGAAAAGGCCUGGAAGAGAUGGUGCACCCAGAUCCUCUCAGCCCUCAGUUACCUCCACUCCUGUGAGCCGCCCAUCAUCCACGGGAACCUGACCUGUGACACCAUCUUCAUCCAACACAACGGACUCAUCAAGAUAGGAUCAGUGGCGCCAGACACAAUCAACAACCAUGUAAAGACCUGCAGAGAGGAGCAGAAAAACCUGCACUUCUUCGCCCCAGAAUAUGGCGCUGUUGCAGAUGUCACUACUGCAGUGGAUAUCUAUUCCUUUGGGAUGUGUGCCUUGGAGAUGGCAGUAUUGGAGAUCCAGGGGAAUGGAGAAUCUUCCUACGUCUCUCAGGAGGCCAUCAACAAUGCCAUACAGUCACUGGAAGACCUACUGCAGAGGGAGUUUAUCCAGACUUGUCUGGAGGCUGACCCGUUUAAGAGACCUACAGCCAGAGAGCUGUUGUUCCACCAGGCUCUGUUUGAGGUGCCCCUGUUGAAGCUGUUAGCUGCGCACUGCAUAGUCAGCCACCAGCACAUGAUCCCUGAGAAUGCCUUAGAGGAGAUCACUAAGAACAUGGACCCCAACCUCAUCAUCGCUGAGAUCAAGGAGGGUGUGCAGCUCAAACUGUCUCAGUUUCCUGCCUUGGAGCUGGAUAAGUUCCUGGAGGAUGUCCGGAAUGGCAUCUACCCCCUGACAGCAUUUGGCUUGCCCUCUCACCAGCAGCCCCAGCAGUCCCCUGUUAAGUCCCCCAUUGUCACCCCUUCUGUCAAAUCCCCCACCCCAGAACCUGCUGAACUAGAGACGCGCAAGGUUGUUCAGAUGCAGUGUAAUAUUGAGCCGGUGGAGGAGGGUGCGAAACAUCAUCUGACACUACUGUUGAAGCUGGAGGACAAACUCAACAGACACUUAAGCUGUGACUUGUUACCCAAUGAGAAUGUACAGGAACUGGCUGUUGAGCUGGUGCAACUGGGCUUCAUCAGCGAGGUGGACCAAAGCAGGAUGGCCACUGUGUUAGAAGAGGCCUUCACCAAGUUCUUCAGCAGGAACGGUUCCCUCAAUCCCAUUACUGUGUCCUCAUAACAGGAUCAACAUGGACCCCCACUCCAUUACCUAUAAUACCCCCUACAUGCUUGUUACAACCAUCCCUUUCUUACCCCUAAGGAUCCAUGGAUCCCCACUUCAGUACAUAUACACCUAUUGGCAGGCUUAGGCCUACACCUAUACCCCUGCUGGCCCCAACCACCACACAUACACAUGCUACACCCCCUGCCUCAGACUCUUUCACCCAAAACCUUGUGUGGUGUCUUCUAUUUCUCUGGAGGACCAUAGAGCCUUGUUAUGGGGCUGUCUGAGUCAGUCCCUCUCUGUUUAGUUCUCUCUAUAUACACAGUAGCAACUUCUUUUGGAAAGGAAGCCAACACAGUUAUCAUAUGUCAGUGUUACUUGUUUGUUUGUGUUUUAUAUCUUUGCCAUUUGCCUUCUCGGUGGCUGUAUACAUGCACAUGCUAUCCGCCUUAAAGUUCUCUGCUUCAGUGUGGUCACGCACGGCUGUGCAUGAAUGUCUGCAGUGAACUUCCCUGUAGGUGACCAUUGUAGGCUGCGUUUAGACAGCCUGCCAAAUUCUGAUCUUUUUUCCACUAAUUGGUCUUUUAACCAAUGAAAAGAUCUGAAUUGGCUAUAUAUAUGUUACAAAUGUGUCAUUGUAUCUUUCCCAUUUUUGUUUUUUACACUCAUAGUUUACUGUGGUCUCAACUGAUGGAGCCAAUAGUCUGGGAGGGGCUGUAUUUACAGGCUGUCAGUCAAAGCAGAGGAACAAGCUGAAUGAUUUACUGGAACUGUCCAAUGGCUGGAGCUGUAGUUGAGGUGUUUGGGUGGUGAACAGUAUUCAUGCCUCUGAUUUGUUAUCACAACUUUAUCUGUUCUGUAAAAAAAUAUAUACUUUACAUUGUUUGGCAAACCUUAUUUCUUAUAGUGUACUUGGAUAAAGAAAUUGUUUCCUUUGGACGUUCCAUUGAAUAUUCUGGCUAUUGAGAGUGUUUUUUUGUUGUGAACAGCAAGUAAGGGUUUUACUUUACUGUACACAUUCAAAGAGGAGUUUGUAUGAGGAGUAAAUAUAUAGAUAUAAGUGGAUAAAUUGUUAAUGUAGUGGCCUGGCUGUGUGACUGGUACUGCUUUAGCCAAGCUGUUGUCUUGCCAAAUGCAACAAUUAAAUGCUGUUGAACGCAGUUAGGUAACCUGGGUCACGUUCAGUAGGACACAAUGUUGUGAAAUUAAAAUCUGUUUUACGUUUACUGUAAUAUUCAAUGUGCUUUUUUUCUUUAUAGUAGUCUAUGUUCUGAGGAGCACUUGGGCAGUGUAGUUAGUGGUUGAGAAAGAGGGUGUGUGUGCGUGCGCAUGAGAAGUAAGUUUGUGCUCGUGUGCCUUCUGACAAGUGUGUAUCCUAUGACAGCCUCUGCAAUGUAAGACUUUCUGUUUCCUCUUUAAAUGGUUUGUAUUUUCUGUUUCCUCUUUAAAUUGUUUGGUAUUUUCUAUUUGUAAAUAAAUAUGUAAUGCACCA